CUUUUCCCUGGCUUGUAAAACGCAAGGGCGCCGCUAGAGUUAAAAGUUCAUAAAGAGUCAGCGUUUAAAAUAAACUUCUAGUGUGACGUAUAAAAGUAAACAAAUACAAUAGGUACUGUGUUUGUUUUGUGUUAGGUGUGUUUUCGUUGAGCUGUGAUCUGUUACCGGUAUAAAUUUUGUAAAAAUUUAAUUUAAAAUUACGAACCAUGGGAAAUAUUUACACCGUGGGACCAAAUGAGGCACUCAUUGUAUCAGGCGGCUGCUGCGGCUCCACCAAGAAGAACACCAUCGUGGGCGGCUGGUCGUGGGCCUGGUGGUUCGUCACCGACGUGCAGCGGCUCUCCCUCGAGGUGAUGACCUUGAACCCCAUGUGCGAGAGCGUGGAGACAGCACAAGGUGUGCCCCUGACGGUGACGGGGGUCGCUCAGUGCAAGAUCAUGAAAGCAGAGGAGUUGCUGCAGACUGCCUCCGAGCAGUUCCUGGGGAAGACUGUGAAGGAAGUCAAGUCAACUGUACUGCAGACACUGGAAGGCCAUUUGCGUGCCAUUCUUGGAACGCUGACAGUCGAGGAGGUGUACAAAGACCGGGACCAGUUCGCCGCAUUGGUGCGCGAGGUCGCAGCACCCGACGUCGGCCGCAUGGGCAUCGAGAUACUAUCGUUCACCAUCAAGGACGUGUACGACGAGGUGCAGUACCUGGCGUCGCUGGGCAAGUCACAGACCGCUGCCGUCAAGCGAGAUGCCGACAUCGGCGUGGCGCAGGCCAACAGGGACGCGGGCAUCCGGGAGGCAGAGUGUGAGAAGUCUGCGAUGGAUAUAAAAUAUAAUACAGACACCAAGAUAGAAGACAACUCCAGAAUGUAUAAGUUACAGAAAGCCAAUUUCGACAAAGAGAUCAAUACUGCUAAAGCAGAGGCGCAGCUUGCUUAUGAACUGCAAGCUGCUAAAAUUCGACAAAGGAUUCGCAAUGAGGAGAUCCAGAUUGAUGUGGUUGAGCGUCGGAAGCAAAUUGAAAUUGAAGAGCAAGAAGUGCAGAGAAAAGAACGUGAAUUGAACAGUACUGUUCGUUUGCCAGCAGAAGCCGAGAGUUACAGAGUGCAAACAAUUGCCGAAGGAAAAAGGACGCAGACUGUUGAAGUUGCUAAAGCAGACGCUGAGAAAAUUAAAAAGCUUGGUGCUGCCGAGGCGUAUGCAAUCGAAAGUGUCGGCAAAGCGGAAGCUGAGCGCAUGCGGAUGAAAGCUGCCGUUUACAAACAGUAUGGUGAGGCAGCAAUAAUGUCUCUGGUGCUGGAUGCUCUUCCAAAGAUUGCUGCUGAAGUAGCUGCUCCUCUUGCCAAAACUGAAGAGAUUGUGCUUCUCGGGGGAAACGACCAAACUACAGCAGAAGUGAGCAGACUGAUUGGUCAAAUUCCACCAGCAGUCCAUGCUCUUACUGGAGUCGAUGUGUCCAAGGUGCUGAGUAAGGUUCCCGGUGCCAAAUAAUUGAAGAUAUGUUCAUCCAUUGAUGUUUUCAGCAUUUAUAAGGUCAUGUUUGGUGGAUAUAUUGGGAGGAAUGUUUACUACAGGAGAGAACAAUUAAAUUGCAAUGACAAUAUAAAAAAUUAUUAUGAGUCGCUGCUGAAAUAAAUGUCUCUUAUAUGGUAUGUUGAUCUGCAGAAUUGUGUUUAGUUGUGAAUUUAUCCUCAUAGCCUUUUGAAUGGCACCAUCUAAUGUUCACUUCUCCACUUUUAUAUGAGAUAUUAUUUGUAUGUGAGUAAGUAGAAGAUAUGUGUAACCUUAGGUAGUGACAAAGAGAUGUAUAUUUGAUACUGACUGCAUCCCAUUUUUCUAUCUGAUCUUGUAUUACAUCACAAAUAUAAUUAAAAAUAUAUUUUUGGUAAAUUAGUAGAUAUAUAGAAAUAAAAUAAAAUGUUUGUAAAUUUUUCAAAAUCAUUACAUAAUUAUUGAAACUUAAAAGAGAAAUGAAAUGUUGCAGUGUAACAUUUUCUUAUGAAGUAGAUGAUUGGAGUAAACAGUGUUUACCCAGCUAGUGAUUCCCGAUGUAAAAAUAAUAAGAAAACAUUUUUACAAUAUUUUUCUUGAAAAUAAAUUUUUAAAACAAAAGUUUUUUUUAUUGAGUAUUAAAAACUAGUUGUCUGUAAUUUUGCACAAAAACUAUUUAACCUAAAUACAUAAUGUUUUAUGUUCACUUUAUCGCAGCAUUGCAUUUCCGCCCCUUAAUGUACCACCACCACCACCACCACCACCACCAGCACCACCAGCACCACCACCACCACCACAGCCGUGUAGUUAGUGUUUCAUAUUUGUCGGGCAAUUCAAAUUCAGCAUCUGAAAUUUAUGUAUAUAUAUAAUUAAAAAAUACUGCUUCUCCAAGUGUUUUGAAAAUACAUUUUGUUUAUUUUGAUGCACCGUAAACUGGGCCAACUUUAACCCACUUUUUUCAAUUUUUCAAAUUUGAUGCUUCUGAUCUUUUGCAUUAAUAAAGCAAAAUUUUCCAAAACAUUUUUGGUGUAGAGAUGAAAGUUUUGGGAACAAGUAGUUAUGUCGGUUUGUAGUUUUAUAAAAUUUUAUUGUUUUUAACAAAUUAUUGUUUCGGUGGGUUAAAGUUGUCCCAUUGUAGGACAUCUUUAGCCCAAUAUCAUUUUUACCGCAGUAGUGAGUGUAUUUUUAUUAGAGGGUUAAUGUUGUUCAAAUGGGUUUGUGGGACAAUGUUAUUUACAGUUAUACCUAGAAUAUAAGACCAAAUAAAUCACCAAAAACAUUUUUUUAAACAUUUUAUUAGGAAAAAACUUAUUAUCUAAAGACAGAAUACAAAAACCACAGUAAAAUAUUUAUUAUUUUUAAUAUAUUGGUACCUUAUAUUGAUAACUAAUGCAAACAUAUAUCCAAGCACACUUGUGAGACACCAUUAAAAAUUAUUAGGCAACAUAUAGUAAAUGUAAAAACAUUUUUACAUAGGUUAGUCAGAAAAACUCUUUAUGAAAUGAAAGUGUUUAGUUGAGGGACAGAAAAAUAUCCCCUCCUUAUUGGCACAGGCUCACGUAUUUUCAUUAUUGUCAUCAAAAUCAUAAAUCAUUAUGUCCUCUUUACCAUUGACUGGCCAUCUCCAAAAUUUCAUAGUUUUUUCCAUGCACAUCACCUUAACUUUCUUAAUUCUACUGUUAUCUUCUAUGGGGAAACCAACAAUGCUGCCAGGAUAGAGUUCUCCAUUGUAUUUGACUGCAACAUAGUCACACUCACUUAGUUCUUCCUUCCAUGAUUCAUUUUUGUGUGGAGUUAGGCACUCAGAAUCAGAAUUUUGGUUUUCAGAUUCCAGAUCGUCACUUGUGGAAUCAGAAAUGUCAAAACUGGAUCCCUCGUCAGAUGAGGUAGAAUCGUCUUUCCUCGGCCUUCCCCUCUUUCUCUUUUGUUUAGGUUCUGAGACGACUUGUGUACCGGUAUCCAUGUCUGUUGGAGUGAUUCCUUUACCAGGUUCAACGUUUACAAGUUUUCUCUUCUUUCGAAUCGAAGGUGUGGCCUCUGAUCUCUUACUGAUUACUGUUUCGAGGAAUGCUUCACUGACAAUCUCAACAUUCACAGAAACUUCAGCACCUGGCAAUCGUUUCAAAACUUUGGUGGCAUCAAGAGGAUGAAUGCCACAACUUUUGAAACCUGAGACUAAAUUUUGCCCCUUGUCUUGAACAGAGACUCCCACAAGUUUAUUCAGCAAUCUAGGGAAUACAUCCUUCGGUAGAGUUUUGAAACGCUCUCCGCUAGGAGUUUUACGCCAUUCAUGUAGAAUUUUCCUCCAUUCUGCCUUCAGUGGAUGAAAGAAUGCCACAUCAAGUGGCUGUGUCAGAUGGGUGGAGUGUGGGGGCAGGCAAACAAAGACAAUGUCAUUUUAUUGGCAGGCUGCAAUGACUUCCUUGCUAAUGUGAGAUGCUAAGUUGUCUCCUAUCAGUAACUUUUUUCCUUCUUGUCUUUUGAGUCUAGGGAGCACAAGAUGGAAAAACCAGUCUUCAAAUGAUCCUGAGUCAAACCAUCCACUCUUCGACCUAUUAAAUCGUGCACCUUUCGGACCCCCUUCCAUCCAUGUGUCCCAUAACUUUUCUGCCUUAUAAACAACAUAGACAGGCAGAAGUUCCCCUUUUGCAUUUCCACAAAACAUAACUGAUGUAGACGUUUUGGAAGAAUCCAUUACUUGCUCAACAUGUUUCAUUCCGCGCCUUGAUAAAACUUUUCUGCUUCCUGGGUCGUCAGUCAGGUUGGAUUCAUCGUAAUUCCACAUAUUUUCAGGUGGAAUGCCUUCGACACUUUUCUCCAGAUUUAAAAAAUAUUUAAGUAAUGUCUCCUUAUCUACACCAGCCCGGUCUCGCUUAAUGUUUGAGGAUAUGCGGCAAGUUAACUCGGGGUGACGUUCCAGAAAGUGCCGUCCCCAGUCAUAACCUGGUAGGUUGUCACGGAACUCACAAACAUUUCGACCCAUUUUGUCUAAAUAAAGUUUUACAACACAUCUUAAAGCAUAUUCUGUGAUGGGAAAACCAAAAUCACAUAAAAUCGUAGUAUGUUCAACAAGUGUUUCUUCCUCUUCUUCGGUUAGUAUUGGCUGCCUACCUGGUUUUUUAGUGUGCACACCUUUCAGUUUGUUUUUUAUUGUGCUGCGGGAGAUGUUCCAAAACUUCUCUGCUGCCCUCUGAGAAAGUCUACCUUCCCUAAUAUCUUCCAAACACUUCUGUAAAGUAUCUUCUGUGUAGUCCUGAUAUCUUCGACUCCCUAUCUUUCUUCUACUUCCCUUUCUCACUGUUCUCAUAGUGCUGCCUGUUUGACUCCCUGAAACAUAUAAACAAGUGAAAAAUAUCUAGCAUAGUUUGGCCUCAAUGUAAUAUAAAGUUUUCUGAAACAUUAAAACAUUAAGAAUGACAAUGAAGUUAAUUUUUUUUCAAUGGUGCAACUUUAACCCGGGACAAAGUUGUCCAAACUAACCUCUAAAUUGACAUUUGCUAUUACUAUAAGCAAAGUUGAAAAAAAUUUGUACAAUUAAGCUGAUAUUGAAAUGUUCCUGUAAGGACAUAUGCAUAAAUAGAUUAAUUUUACACUUACCAGAUAUUUCAGACUAAAAUCAAAUUAUGCACACCACAAAGUUGUGCACUAAGGGCGCGGUUACACGGGACCCUGAACUACUUCAGGUGAACAUGUUUAAGUAAACACGUUUACAAACGCGAAAGUGUGCGGUUACACGGUAGUUGCUGAAAAGUGUGUUUAGCUCUAAAACCGAUUGUCUACUGUCAACGAAUGACUGUGUUGUUGAUCUCUAUUUUUUAAUUGCAUCCAGAAAACGCGGGAUUUUCUCACUUGUUUAUACAGCAUUAUCAGCAGAAAUGAAAUGUGUUUACACAUUGCUCAAUAUUUUUUUACAAAUCGGGAAUUCAAACAUGCACAGUAAAAUUUUUAAACUUAUUUUUUAUUAUUUUUUGAGCGAGAGUACCUAUCUCAGUUUUAAGAAAAUUAAGGUCAGGAUAAAUUAAAAAAUAUGUAUAAUUAUCUGUUGGUUUUUUUGUUGCAUUCGGUAAAAUAUUACUCGAACUUGUGCCAGAAACACUUUCCAUCUAGAAUUUCUGCAAAAGACUGUUUAUAUUCUAACCAGCCAAUCAGAGGCUAAUGUAGAAGAUAUGUCGAUCUGAACUACUUUGCCAACCUGUUUAAGUUAAAUGAGAAAUGGCCUCGAACGAAACAUGUUCAGACUGUGUGUAACCGCACUCAACAGCUGAACAUGUUCACCUGAAGUAGUUCAGACUCCCGUGUAACCGCGCCCUAAAUAAUUCUUCAUGAAACAGCUGGUUCUUUUGUAACAGUGAUACCACCACAUCUGAUGUGGUACAAAAAUUCCCUACCUACAUAUUCUAAACAGUAACAUAAUAGGAACUAUGUCUAACUAAUGUUCGACAUGUUAUUUUGAAAAACAUUUCUAAAACAAUAUAAUUCAUCUUUUUUCUCUGUGUGGGACAAAGUUGACCUGAAGGGCCAAAGUUGUCCCAGUUUACGGUACUUAAUAUUUCUCCAUUAAAAAAAAGAUUACAACUUUGUUACAAACUUACAUGUGGAAGAAGGAGAAUGAUAUCAAUCACAUUUUCACAGGUUUGCAAACUCACUUUUAACUAUGUUUCCAAACCUUGUUUAAAAAAAGGUGUUUUAAAAUUUGAUUUAAGGGUGCAUGUUAAGCAAAAAAUUGUGAUAUGGUUUCUGCUUGUUUUCUCGAAAUGAAUCACUAGCUGGGAAUUGUUUGUGAUGUUAAGAAACAUUCUGUAUUGGUAUUGUUAGAUACAUGCUGUUGAUAAAUGUGUUAUUCUCAUCUUUAUUAUUUUUAUUAUUUAUGCUCAACCAAAAAAAGCCAAAGUAUUAAACAUAUUUAAAUUGCCAUAACAUCCUAAAUUGUAAAUAAAAUAACUCAUAAAAAAUAAAUAUAUUUUUGGAAAAGGCAGCUUAAGUUGAAAAUGUUUUUGCCAUUUAUAUAGGCUAACAUUGGACUAUGUUCUCAUAAAUAUGUACAUAUGCACAAAAUAACUAUGUGCCAUAGCAAUAAAAAUUUGUUUGUGACUAUUAGGUUUACCAUUUAUGUGAAUGCUAGUGUAUAUAUUUUUUACAUGUUUUUGUGUAGUGUCCAAGUUACUGUAUAACUUAUAUAGUUAUAUGUAAUUCAGUCACUGAAGACUAAAAGUUUAUAUUUUGUGGUUGCUACGUUACAGGAUUCUGAAUUGAAUUUAUUUAUCAAAAGCAUUUGAGUUUAGUAACUUAGAAUAUUGUUUUAUUCUAUGUUUUUCUUCACAGUACAUUCAAUUAUGUACUUCAUUUAAUUUUUGCUCAACAUUAUUUAACAAUAUAAUGUCCUAUGUCCGAUUUAACAAAAUUUUAUAUUUAUAUUUUUUUGAACUAUUUUGGUACAGGAGCAUUAGUAUACUUGUAAUUUUUUUUUUGUUAUUUAACAAUUAUUUAAAUCAAUAAACAGUAUAUAAUUUUGGUACAGAAGGGUUUUAUUAUGUAAAUCAAGACUAAUGAAUUAAUUUUUGUUUGAAGAUGAUGAUGUCAACAUUUUUUUGCAACAAUAAAAUAAAAUUGAAAAGAAAAUAAUUUCCACUCGUAAAUAAUUUUUAAAAAAGUCUGCAUUUGAAAAUGAAGCUUGGGAUUUUCCUAGUGUUCCAAACCUGUUGUGCUUUUAAUAAUUUAGAGAGAAUCUCACUAUGACUUAACUUUAUAUUUGCUGCUUUAAGUAAACCACCACUUUUAUAUUAUUUUAGCUUGUGUGUUCUGUACAGUGUAAUUGAUAUGACUGAACAAGCUUUCAUUUUGUCAUUCCGAAAAAUCUGAAUUUUAGUUGAGUACAUAUUUAUAAUAAUGUGUGAAUUCAGGAUGUGUGAUAAACUUUAUUGCAACUGUAAACUAAAGCAGUAAUAAGAAUGGUGAAUUUGUUAAUCCUUUAAUAAAUAUCAUGCAAGACAUCAUCUUCAAUGUUACCAAGAUGAGUUUUAAAUCAAUGUAUAGUAAAAAAAUUGGCAACAAUAAAAUUAGUACCCUGUUUUAAAA